AUGAGCGAUGCAACGGCCGACGGUGUACCUGCCGUACCCGUGCACUAUGUCCCAAUUCCGACGCUGCCGACCCCUACACCUCGAGACGACUACGCCCCUUUCAGUGGGACGCGCACCCCACUCGUAAUCGACAAUGGCGCGACGCAGCUACGUUUCGGGUUCUCCACGACCCCUGGCGGCAAGGACGAGGCGAACACGAGCCCGCACGUGAAUACGAACGCGAUCGCGAAGUACAAGGAGCGCAAGCACGGCACGAGUCUGCUGCUGUUCGGCGACGCGAUCGAGAGCGAGAGCGGGGCGAGGAGUCAGAUUCGGACGCCGUGGGAGGGGGACGUGUUGUUGAACUUUGAUGCUCUGGAAAACGCGUUGGACUGUGCGUUCUUGAAGCUUGGGAUAUGUGAUACGGAGACUGUCGAGCAUCCUGUGCUUAUGACGGAGCGGUUGUGCUCGCCGCUGCAUUCGCGCUCGCUAACGUCUGAGCUCAUGUUUGAGCUAUAUGGCGUCCCGUCGCUGCUGUACUGCGUGGACUCGGUCAUGUCGUUCUAUCAGAACAACAAGCCACCUAGUUCAGGUGCAUUCGACACGGACGGUCUUGUUAUUUCGUUCAAUACGGCAUCAACGAGUGUAAUACCUAUGGUAAAGGGGAAGGGGCUUCUCAGCCAUGCCAAACGAAUACCAUGGGGUGCUCAACAAGCGACCGAUUACCUGCUCAAGACCACCCAGCUCAAGUACCCCAACUUCCCGACGCGAGUCACACCUGCCCAGUCCUCUUGGAUGAUGCAGAACUUCUGCGAAUUCGCGCCAGACUAUCUCGAGCAGAUCCGGAGGUUGCGUCAGCCAGACGCGCUGCGAGCGGGGGCACGUAUCAUACAGUUCCCUUUUGCGCUGCCCGUGGUGGAGGAGAAGACGGAGGAAGAGCUGGCGCGCGUUGCAGAGCGGAGAAGAGAGCAGGGGAAGAAGCUCCAGGAGAUUGCGGCUAAGAAUCGGCAGGAGAAGCUCGAGGCUAAGGAGCGAGAUCGCGAUUUUAUGUUAAAGUUGAAGGAAGAUCGGCCGGAUACGAAACGGGAGUGGAUGAGCGUAUUAAGAGGCGAGGGCUUCGACGACGAGGACUCGUUCGAGCAGACGCUAAAGAAGCUCGAGGCUGACAUCAAACGUGGGCGGAAGAAGGACACGGAUGUGGAAGAGCCUGCGGAGGAGCCGACCUUCCCACUGCUUGACGUGCCCGACGCCGACCUCGACGAAGACCAACUCAAAGAAAAGAAGAAACAGCGCCUCCUAAAGGCAGGGUACGAUGCGCGUCUGAAAGCACGGCGCGAGAAAGAAAAGGAGCGCGAGGAGAAGGAGGCGGAGGAAAGGCGCGAGGAGGACGAGCGGGAGAACAACUUUGGGGAGUGGUCGAGAAGGCUGCGGGCGGAGCAGGAGGCGAUCAUGGUUCGCAUGAAAGAGAGGAGCAGAAGGAAGGCGGCGCUGGCGGAUAGGAAGAGCGCGGCGGCGCAGGCGAGGAUGAAAAAUAUUGCGACGCUCGCUGCGGAUGAUAGGGUGAAUAAGAAGAAGAGGAAGGCUGCUGGGGGCGAGGACAUGUUUGGCGCUGAUGACGCCGACUGGGCCAUAUAUCGCAAGAUUAACACGGCAGUGGAAUCAUCAGACGAGGAAGAAGACUACAGCCAGCUGCAGACAAUCGAGAACAAGCUACUCGCGCACGACCCGACAUUUACGCUUGCGCACACGCACGCGGCCAUCACGUCGCAGAAGUCGGCGAUGCUAUCGGCUUUCAGGCCGCCAUACGAGGAGGGCGACGUCGAAGGGAACACGCGGAUACAUCUCAACGUCGAGCGGUGGCGUGUCUGCGAGACGUGGUUCUCGCCGGGUAUGGCAGGAGUCGACUCGGCAGGCUUGGGUGAGGUGCUGCAGGGCGUGUUGGCGCGCUUCUCGGACGCGGAGAAGGCACGGAUGGUCCAGAACGUCUUCGUCACAGGCUCGCCAUCCAAGUUGCCGGGGCUGACCGACCGGAUCUAUUCGACGCUGCGCCCAAUCUUGCCACCCGAGAUGCACCUCGGGGAGAUCGUGCGCGCGGCGGACCCGUCGCUGGACGCGUGGAGAGGAAUGGCGGCGUUUGCGAACACGGAUGAAUUUUCCAAGUACGGGGUCACCAAGGAGGAAUAUGAGGAAUUGGGCGGCGAGCGCAUCAAACGGUGGUGGGGUGGUAAUUGGAACCAAUCGGUCUCACCAUAG